AUGUUGUACCGCUUACGUAAAUAUGGUUUUUCCGCAAAGAUUCUUGAGGCCGGUGAUGGUAUUGGUGGUACAUGGUAUUGGAAUCGUUAUCCAGGUGCACGUUGUGACAUUGAAAGUAUGCAGUACUCCUAUUCAUUCUCAGAAGAAUUACAACAAGAAUGGAAAUGGUCGGAAAUAUUUUCAUCUCAGUCAGAGAUCUUGCGUUAUCUCAAUUAUGUUGUUGAUAAAUUUGAUCUUCGUAAGGAUAUUCAACUCGGUACUCGAGUGGAUACAGUCUAUUUCGAUGAGGCGCAUUCACGUUGGGAAGUACAAACAAAUCGAGAAGAUAGACUUUUCGCCAAUUUUUGCAUAAUGGCCACUGGUUGUCUCUCAACAGCUCGCGUUCCACAAAUCAAAGGACUUGAUAUUUUCAACGGUCAACACUAUCAUACAGGUCGAUGGCCACAUAUGAAUAUUUGCUUUAAUGGACGUCGUGUGGCCGUCAUUGGCACCGGCUCCUCUGGCAUACAAUCGAUUCCAGUCAUUGCUGAACAAGCAGAUCAUGUCUUUGUAUUUCAACGAACACCAAAUUUCAGUAUUCCAUCUCGCAAUGGACUUCUCAAAGCCGAAUAUGAACAAUGGUGGAAAUCGAAUUAUGCAGAGUAUCGGCGGCAGAUCUCCGAAGCACCCUUUGGAUUCAUACUCAAAGACAAAAAGAAUAUUUCAGCAAUGACUGUAACGCCAGAGGAACGCCAACAUGAGUUGGAGAGAAGUUGGCAAAAUGGUGGUCUUGAUUUUUUAUUGAGUUUCAAUGAUCUCUUUAUCAACAAGGAAUCCAAUGAUGCAGCAGCUGAAUUCGUACGCACUAAGAUCCGUGAAACUGUCAAAAAUCCCGAGGUAGCUGAGGUUUUGAUUCCACAGAAUUAUCCGAUAGGUACCAAGCGUCUGUGUGUCGACACCAACUACUUUCAGGCUUUUAAUCGCGACAAUGUCACGUUAGUUGAUCUUCGAAACGGACCGAUCGAUGAAAUAACACCCAAUGGCAUUCGUAUCAAAGAGAAAGUCUACGAAGUGGAUGAUAUUGUGUUUGCGACAGGAUUUGAUGCGAUGACUGGAGCUUUGCUUCAAAUUGAUAUUCAUGGUCGUUCUGGCAAAACACUUCAAGACAAAUGGGCAGAAGGUCCUCGCACCUAUCUCGGUUUGAUGAUGGCCGAUUUUCCGAAUCUCUUCAUCAUCACUGGUCCUGGUAGCCCAUCGGUACUAACGAAUAUGCUUCCUUCUAUUGAGCAACAUGUCGAUUGGAUAGUCGAAUGUCUCAACUAUCUUCGUAUGCAUCAUUACGAUACGAUCGAACCGCAAGUAGAAGCAGAAAAUGCAUGGGUUCUUCAUGUUAAUGAAAUCGCCAAUGCAACGCUCUUUCCUCUGGCUAACUCAUGGUACGUUGGAGCGAAUAUCGAUGGUAAACCCAGAGUCUUUAUGCCAUAUGCAGGCGUAUCAUUGCCAACAAGAGCAAUUAUCAAAACGACAACAGGUCAAAUGGUGAAUUUAAUUUCAAAUGAUGUCAGUAAAUUUGAAGAACUAUACAAAUUUAUUCAUCAUUUAUGGGCGACACCAGUCGAAGUACUUUUUGUCUUUGGUAUAAUUUGGAACGAAAUUGGUAUUCCGACCAUGUUCGGCUACGUUGUAUUGUUACUACAAGUACCAUUACAAUUGUGUUUCAGUAAAAAAUUUGGAGCAUACAGAAAAAAUACCAUGCGUUGGACUGAUGAACGUGUAAAAUUAACCAAUGAAAUAUUGGUUGGUGGGCAAAUUGUUAAAAUGUACCGAUGGGAAGAAGCGCUGGAGACAGUUAUACAUAACACAAGAAAAAAAGAAUUUAAAAGUAUUCGAAAAGCGAAUCGAAUUCGAGCAAUUAAUAUGGCCAUUUAUUUUUCAUCAGUAUCAUUAGUUUCAUUGGCUACGUUUGGUGGAAGCUGGUUAAUGGGUCAGACAUUGUCUAGUGCGAAUAUAUUUACAAUAUUAUCAUUGUUUGGUGUGCUUAGAAACCAAGUCGCUGCUGGCUUACCUUCUGCUAUUGAGAAAUUUAGUGACAGUCUAAUACCAUCAAAAUGUAUUAAUCGAUUCAUGAAUUUAUGGAAACAGACCCAUGCAAAAACAUUCGAAGAGCAUUCUACAGACAUGUCUAAACGUAUAUCAGGUAGUAUAAUAAUGGAUUGA